GUUUGCCGUAUAAUAUCUAAUAUGAUAUCUAUUUAGAAGGAUUCAAAAUGGCGGAAAGGGUGCCUGUUAUUUAUGGUCUAGAAUUUCAAAGUCGUGCCUUGACGUCCCGCGUUGGAGAAACCGAGAGAAUACAGUUCCUGUGUGGUACGCAAACUAUUAGGAACGAGAAUCAAAUUCAUUUGGUAGAUUACGAUGAAGAGACGACAAUUCUAAACAAACUGGUCUACCCGUACUCCGAAGGGGAGAUAUGGAACAUUACAUGUAGUGCAGCUGAUAAGGACCUCGUUGCUGUGACAACAGGGAAGAUCGACAAAGAGGGGCAAUACGUGAGACGUGCUAAUCUAAUCCGAUUGGACGGAGGUACACCUGAUGAGACUGACGUGGGAACUGUGAGAUCACUAGGGGAACUCCCUUCAAUGGAUGGAGUCCAAUGUACAUCAUGGCACCCAGCUGGUGGAUCACACAAUCAGUUGGUGGUAGUGAAUGACAAAGCUAACGUUAGUCUUUGGUCCGUUGAUACCGAUACUCCGCAAGAGACCAGUAAAGUACAGCUGGACUCAAGAGGGCGGCUCAAUUACUCGUCAAUCUCGUGGAACUCUCAUCACAACUACAGCACAGUGCUGGUUACUGCUGACUCGGCACUUUAUUCUUGGGAUAUGAGAACUAAAAAAACUCAUCAGUUAUUGGAUCAUCACCACGGUCCCUGUAUAAGGGACAUUGACUCAAACCCAAACCGACCCUACUACUUCCUAUCCUGCGGCGAUGACUGCACCACUCAGUUCUGGGACUGGAGGAAACUUCAAGGACCUCUAGUCACGAGACGAGACCACUCCCAUUGGGUGUGGUCGGCACAGUACAACCUCUCGUAUGAUCAACUGGUACUCAGUGGGUCUAGUGAUAGUCAGGUUUUGUUGACUAGAGUGGCUAGUGUUGCAUCCGAACCAUUGAAGCAUCUUGAUGAUGAAGAUGAGCCAGCACUUCCUCCAACAGAUAAUGUGAUAUCAGUAUACGAGGAGCACGAGGACAGUGUGUAUAAUGUUAAAUGGAGUACCACUGAUGCUUGGGUAUUUGCAUCACUGAGCUAUGAUGGGAGACUAGUCAUCAAUCAUGUACCAACCAACGAGAAAUAUGCCAUAUUGACUGCUUGAGUGUAUAACAACAAUAUAAUAAUAAUAAUAAUAAUAAUGUGUAGAUUAAUAUAGUAAUGACGAUUUGAAUUUGAUAUUUAUGCUAUUAAUAAUGUAUUUUAACCCCACACUGGAACAUGAUUUA